CGGAGAUCAAUCAAUCUACAUAAUCAUCCUCAAAGUACAUAAUUCGAACUACAAACUCUUACAACCUCAAAGUACAUACCAGAAUAAGAAAAAAAUCAUUUAAAGGUUUCGACUUCCGACUUUCAAUCAUCAUGUCCUCCUCACCGGAAGAAAAUCAAACCUCAGCAUUCCGACCAUUUACAAAAGCGGAGCGCAUUCACCAACUCAAUGAAAUAGACAAGAGUAUUUUACAACUGGUUCAGACUGCUGGACAAACCCUUAAGAUCCUUACCGCAACACAAGAACCUGGAGAAUCACAAUCACCACAAGAAAAACGUCAAGCUUUCCAAGAUGCCUCGAACUCUUAUCUAAAAACUUUACAGUCCGUCGAUGUAAGGUUACGAAGACAAAUAUUGGGAUUGGAAGAAGCAGACAUUAUACCCGCAGAAAAGGUGAAGUCGAAGAAUAAGGGCAAAUCAGGACCUGAAGUUGUGGAAAGACGACCAGCAGUUCCAGGAAAUAUGGCAGGCAAUAUGCCAACAGACGAUAUCGUUGUGGAAAGAGGAAUGGGAAAUCUCGAUAUUGGUUUCUUGAAUAGUCGAAGUGGAAGAGUUGGUAGAGAUAUGGAGGCAGAAUUGUGGGCAAAGAGUAGAAAGUUUCUUGAGGAUUUGGAUAAGGGCAAUUACAAUUCACGUCCGUUAACUCAAACGAGGGAUGAGGUUGAGAAAUAAAGAAUGGUAGAUGUGGAGUUGAAAUCAUAAUCUAUACAGUUGGAUAUUCUAUAGGACACUUUGAUACAUCCAUACCGGAAUUGAUCCUUUUGCCAUUCAAAUUUUGAAUCUUUAAAGCUGUGUGUUUCUUACCUAUCUGCAAUGAUGCAUUCAUGCUCUUGCUUCAAAUAUGGUGACAGCAGUAAGCUGCGUAAAGGGAAAUAAAUAACCGACAUUUACCCGAUCAGCCAAAUUCCUACCCUUUACCUUGAUCGCAAGAUACCUAUUAUCACACCUUUGAUGCAC